UAAUCGUUGCGAACGGCGCGCAUAAGUCCGUCGUCGCACGCUUAGAACCAUAUUGUUCCGCGUCCGACGCCGAAACGCAAAUAACAAUAUCCGUUAACAUAAAAUGCGUCCAUUAAUAACAGGCACAGUCUUAUCUUUUAUCGGAUUACGCUUAUAGAUCGACGAUUACACUUUCAUUCGUCGGCUCAAACGCAACGUGGCCGAAUGUGGAUCAGGUUGAAAGUGAAAUUCACCUGAAGCGCGACAGUUUGUAUUUGAUUAUCGGGUUUUUUACUUGUGAAGUGCCAUACGUUUCAAGUCAAGAUGAAUCUCAAUUGCAGCGCCAGGAUGAUUAAAUAUCUUAUGAUAUUUUUCAAUUUCAUUUUUGUGAUAACAGGAAUAGUCUUAGUUGUUAUCGGCGCCUCCGUAAAAGCAAUUUAUGGAAGUUACGACGAAUUUUUGGAUGGACAGUACUUUUCUCUACCCAACAUGCUGAUAGCAACUGGCAGCAUCAUCUUCAUCAUCUCGUUAUGCGGAUGCUGUGGCGCCCUUAAGGAGAGCUGGCUUCUCACUGGAAUUUUCACCAUCUUGCUGAUAGUGAUCUUCAUCUUCGAACUAUCCAUUGGAAUAGCCGGUUACGUGUUGAGAGGCAAGACCUACGAUUACCUGCAUGAUGAGUUAAAGAGCAACUUAGGUCUAUACAACAGCAACCACUCCUUUGUCAUGACUGCCUGGGACUUGAUACAAAUUGAUUUCGAAUGUUGCGGCGUGGACAACUACACGGACUGGAACGGGGUAUUCCACAACGAUAGACUGCCGGUUUCCUGUUGUCCUCGCAAAGACGGAACGGUUGGAGAGUUUUACUGUAACGCCAAUUUUAAGUCCAGGGUGGCCAGAGAGGCAGACAUUAUUGCCUCACCCCAGGUUGAAAUAAAUGCAACCGUGAACUCAACGAACGUCGCAAAUCCUGAGAAUCCCCAGGCAGCAAUAACUGCUAACUUAACUGCUGAAAGUCCUUCGAACGCCACGAACUCUGUGACUACUGCAAAACCUGAAGAUCAAACGUCUUCGACUCAGUCGCCAAUAACUGAAUCACCUGCAACCACUAUUUCACCCUCUACGUCGGAUCCUUACCAAACUGGUUGUGCUGAUGCGUUUAGCACCUUUAUCAAGACACAUGUUGCCGAUUUGGCAGCCGCCGGCAUGGUUUUGGCAGUUAUUCAGGUUCUCGGAAUUGCUUUUGCAUUUUAUCUCACCAAACAACUAAGGUCUCAGUGUUACAGCACAUAAAAAGACUCAUUGUUGAACUUAUAUAACUGUUACUUAAAUUACUUAAAAGAUUGUUCUGUGUGGAGAAAACUAGUCUGGUUUUGUUUGUGCUUUAAUAACACGCCAAUGAGCGUAACAAAUUCUUAAAAAAUUACGCUACCUGAAUUAAAUAGUUGUUUAUAAAAAUCUAUUGAGUUCUGUUUGGAAUCUCUUCUUUGUUCACUUAAUUUGAAGUCCAUUUUUUUGCUUGAAGUAAUAACGUACCACUUAAAUAGUGCUUAAUUAUUAUUAUUUUUCAAAGUUUUACUAUAUUACACAAAAGUAUAAUUAAAGUUAAAAUAAUAACAAAACACUAAAGUGGUUAAUUAAUUUUUUUUUACUUAAAUUUACACUUAAAGCACCACACCAAAUAAUUUUAUUGUUGCAAGUACUUAAUAUAAGUACGAAUACAUAUUGUUGUUUAUUGUUAAAACUAAAUAUUAAAUAGGGGACUCCCCACCAAAUCAAACAGUUUGAUAAAUAUUAUUUUUUAUUUCACCAAUUUUUUGGUACUUUUCUUAGAAAAUAAAUACUAAGAAAAGUAUUUGCAAUAUACAAAAAAUUGUUAAUAUAAAAAAUUAAAAUUUAGAAAGCAUCCUACUUUUUAUUGUUUGAUUUUUCUUAUACGUACUUCUUAAAUAUAAAUAUUAAGUUAUAGAGAAAGUAUUAAGUUAAUUCAAAUUAAUUGUGAUAAGCCACAACAUAGUAUAUUUUAUAUAUUGAUAUGUUUCCUAUUGGUGUACGAACUAAAAUUGUAGUUUAAGUAAAUAUUUAUAAAAAUUUCAAGUGUACAUUCUCCUAGAUAAUAAAAUAAAGUAUGCUCGAAAAUUAUUUUCGUUUUACUGAUAACAGUUUACGUUUGAAAUAUCAAAAGAAUCUUUUAACAUAAAUUAAUAUUUAUCAAAAUAAAGGAAUUUAGAGUACAA